UCUUAUCUUGUAGCAGCAGCCUGUCCCCUCCCCUUGGACAAGCAGACAAAGGCAGAGAGAGCUCUCCUGUACCAACCACAAUUCGCACAGCACACGGACACCAUGGGGAACUGCAUCAUCACUGUGUCCAGCCACCUGGAACUAAACAUGAGCAAUUACAGCUUUGAGGACAUGAUGGUGAAUUACUCCUCCGACUAUGACAUUUAUGAGAUCUUGGACUCUGCACCUUGCCAGAGUGGCUACUGUUCAUUCUUUCGCAGCUAUGCCUUCAACUUCUUGGUUGUAGUCUGUGCCCUGGGCCUGUUGAGUAACCUGGCCCUGAUGGUGGCCUUGACCAACUGCCGGAGUCUUUGGAGCUGGCCCCCUGGCAGCACCUCCUUGUUCCAGCUGACACUUGGCACCACCAUCUUCACGGCCAUGCUGCCAUUUUUUGCUGCAGGCAUCAGCCAAGGUUGGGUCAUUGGUGACGGGCUCUGCAAGAUGGUGUACAUGCUGUGGCAUGGGAUCCUCUUCGCUGAAGGGCUGCUGGUAGCUGUUGGUGCAUGCAGUGCCAUGUGGGGCAAAUGGGUUCCCAGACAGCACCACUGGUGCGUGGCCGUGGCUCUCUGGGUGGCAGCUGUCCUCCUGGCAGUGCCAGCUGCCUUGCUGAGUGGGACAGAGGGGCACCCGCAGGAGCAAUGUAUGAUGAGGGACAUACACGGAUGGCACCUGGCCCACAUCACAUCCUGCCUGGUUGUUUUCAUUCUGUUUCCUGCUGCACUGGGCAUAGCCAAGGCAAUGCUGACAUGGCGCAGGAGUGGCUCGCAGCUGCGGGUUGGGGUGACAUGUCUGUUCUUCCUUCUCUGGGUGCCGUAUGGAACAGCCCUGCUCCUGGACUUACUGGUGCGGAGGCAGCUUCUCUACACCAGCUGCCAUUUCUAUGAGCUUCUUGACUUCUUCCUGGGGCUGUCAGAGGGCCUCGGUGUGCUGCACUGCUGCCUUGGGCCCUUGCUGCUUCUCGGAGCAGGGCUGUAUCACCGAAGGACCCAUGCUGACCCAGGCCCUCUCUGAGUGCCAGCACAGCAUGUGCCAGGGCUAAUAUUGCCAACCCCAAAUGUUCAAAAAGCAUGAGUCAGGCUCACCAAAAAUCAUGAGAUUGGCUUUAAAAUUCUGUGAGUCUCUACAAAUAAUAUUGGGGUGCUUUUUAUUUGCCUUCUGCUUUUUUAGCCUUUAGUGUGCAAGGGGGAAACAUUUUAACGCUUUCUCUACAGCCAUGAGGGCCAGAAACUGACUUUUUCUUUAAGAAUAAAGGCUGAAGUCAUCACAUCUCCACUUGGCUCCAGGAGCUGGGGCUUUCAGGAAACCAAUAAUUAUCAUGAGACUCAUGACAAACUCAUAAGAGUUGGCAAUACAGGGCUGCCCAGGUACCCUCCAGCUGGUGUUCUGCGUGUCCACGUAGGUGCCCAUGCUGCAGUGCCUGAGCUUGACUUCCCAUUCCUGGCACUUUGAGUCUCACAACAAAGGGAAAUAACCCACUUCCCUUCCCCCUCUUUACCUCCUUCCAGAUUUUCCCGCC